GGCAGGGAAGAUGGGAGACCCCGCCCGUGUGGGGUGGGGGGAGACGCUUUGUGGGGUCCCCCGGCUGCGUGGGGCGGGGGGAGAUGCCCCGGGGGACUGUGUGGGGCGGGGGGAGAUGUUCGCUGGGGCUGGGGAGAUGCCCCAUGGAGCAUUUCCCCCACCUCCCCGCGGUGGGCAGGAGGCAGGGAAAAUGCUCCGUGGGGCACCCCGGCCGCGUGGGGCACGGGGAGUUGCUCCGUGGGGCAGGAGAGGGAGAUGCUCCGUGGGGCGAUGUCCGACGUUGCAAACCCCCCCCGGGGAAAGGUGCUCAUCCCCAACCCAAGGGAGAGGAGGAAAAGAGGGUUCUGGGGACACACAAAACCCCUCCAACCCCCCCCCCCAGCUCUGUGUCCCCCCAUCUCUCCCACCCCCUUCCAGCUCCAGGCCGUGUUUACAGGAGCUCAGAAAGAAAGGGGGGAAAAAAAAUGAAAAGAGAGAAAGGAGGAAGAAAAAAAAAAAAAAAAGCCGCGCCGCGAAUUCCUGGAAGAAUAAAUCCAUCAAGGGCCAUUAGAGCUCCUGCGGCUCCUCCCGGCGGAGCGGGGUGUCCAGCUCUGAGAAGGAGCCAGGAGCUCCGGGCAGGGGAUUAAACCCCAAAUCCAAGAAUUAAUGCCCUGGGAACGAGGGGGGUACAAGAUACUGUCCUGUAUCCCAAAAUCCCUGCACCCAGCACUCCACAGUGACAGGCACAGCUCGUGUCCCCCAGGUGAGACAGUGGCACAGGGGCCCUCUGAUCCAUGUCCCCCCCAGCCCCGGGACCUGCCCCGCCGUGCCCAAGCAGCUUUGGGACCUGGGGAGCAGUGCCCCUAUUCCAGCCCAUAUCCCCCCCAACAUCCCGGAGCUGAGGCGCCCACGAGGAACCCCAGCCCUGCCCUUCUCCCCAAAUUAUCCCACGGCUCCCAGCACCCGCCAGAGCACCCCAGGGAGCCCGGUGGGACUUUAUGGGGUCCACAGUGGCAGUGGGGACGUGUCACAGCCCCCCACCCCCGAGCACCGAGCACCCCCGGGGCGUCCACAGGAUCCACAACCGCCUCGGGCAGUUCCGCACGUUUAUUCCCGAAACAGGGAUGCUCACGCAGCGACGGGCUCGGCGGGAGCAGGGGGCCUCCCGGGGAUCACCGUGGGUACCUGAGGACCCUCAGGCCCCCCCUUCCCCCGGAUCCAUGGGGGGCUCGCACCCACCUGAGUCCCUCUGGUCCCCCCGCGGCACAGGCACCGAGGGGCGGGCAGGGGGGGCCGGGGUGGGCUCCCGAGGGGCUGGGGACGGGCUGGGACGAGCCGAGAGCAGCCCCAGGUGGACACCGGCUUCUCCCAGGAGCCCUGCAGGGAGGAUGGAUUCAUGGAGCACGGGAAUCGCCCCCGCGGGGCUCAGGAAGCCCGCCAAGGGGGGGGGGGUCUCAUCUCACCUCCACCAGCCAGACACCGACGCCUCCCACAGCCUUUUGGGGACCCGCAGCACGAACAGUCGAAUCCAGUGAAUCCAGCAUCCAGGGAGUGCCAGGCAAAUGCCUCCCGGGCGCUGGAACGGGCUUUUCCAGAGAGGCUUCCAGCCCCUGGAGCCACAGCCCGCAGGUGGCAGCGGAGGGAGACCUGCCGGGGUUUGGGAAGAGGAGAGUGUCCAGCUGGAAGCGGAGGGAGUGGUUUCCACGCCGCGGGAGGAAGCGGGAGCGGCCGAGCCGAGCCGCCCAUCCAGAAGGCACCUGCUAG